AUUUUCUUAUUACGAAUUCGCUUCUAGUAUCCAAAGCGGACCCGAGACGACGCCUGCCCAAGGUCCAAGUUCAAGCUCAGUUCAUUUGAUUCACGUAAGCCAGUUUGCCAUGGCUACUGAAGGGGAUCCCACAGACCUUAUUAAAGUGCUUCACCUCUUGGUGAUCUCUUUCACUUGGGGGAUGCAGGUGUGGGUAUCUUUCAUAGGGGGCUUUGUAUUGGUGUCUCAGGUAACACGACACACCUUUGGCCUAGUGCAGAGUAAGUUAUUCCCUGUCUAUUUCUUCUGUCUUCUGGGAGGCAGCUUUGUAAACCUAGCAGUAUAUGCAGUGUACCACCCCAGAGAACUACUGGACUGGCAUGAAGGGGUACAGAUGGCAUUUUAUUUUGUGGCUUUGAUCAUGGCUGGUAUGAACGCACACUGGUUCGGCCCAGAUGCUACAGUGGCCAUGUUUGAGAUGCAGGCCAUCGAGCAGGAACACGGCCUAGGGAACGAUAUUGGCCUGAGCGCCAAUAAGGAAGGCUACACCAAGCUACGUGAGCAGGAUCCCAAGUACCAAGCCCUCAGAAAGACUUUCUUUCGCUUCCAUGGCCUCUCAAACCUCUGCAAUUUGGUCGGCUUCGUCUGUACUACUACCAACUUGGUGUAUUUGGCGCUGCACCUCCAGACCAUAUGAACCAAAGAUUCUAGAACAGAGCUCUGUUCUAGAAUCUUUGAUAUGAACCCUCGUGUUUUUCAAUCGGAAUAGUUUAAUCAGAAUGACAAAAAAAACUUUUCAUGUUAACGUGGCUACAGAUCUCCUUCUACCCCCGUUCAAACAAUCCUUGAGAUGUGAACUUCUGAGUGGUAAUCAAUUGGCUGUGAAUGAACACAGUCAUAGCUGGUGUAUUUGAAGCUGCAAAAAUGUACUGCUGUAAAAAAAAAGAAACCCAGUGAAGUGAGCAUGUAUCUUUUAUCUUCAUGAUAAAGCCAUUAAGUUUCUCAUAAUAUUUUUCUAUUUCCUAUAUUUUGAAGUUUUGUACAUCAUAAGCAUGUAUACAUGUUAUAGGCUACUUGAGAUUGAUCCUGAAACUAAUCUUUGACUAAUACAUCCUAUUAUGGAUUCCUCAUGAGUAACACAAGUCAGUGUCAAGAUGAGUUGUUAAGGUUUUUUUUGCAAUAAAAUAUUAACAAAUAUG